GGCGCCAUCCGAGCUCUGAUUCGCACGCUGCGCCGACGGGAAACACUUGCCCUCGGGAAACCUUACCUCUCACGCCGAGUUGAUCUAUCAACGAGUCCAUCCUCUUCGAACCGGACCUGUACGCGGACCUUCCAAUCAUCCGCGAUCCGGCUUGAUGAGUCUGGAAACGACAAUGGUGCUGGCGCAGCUCCGAAGCCUAUGACCCCAAAGUUUGGGGGAUUUGGAAACCGAUGGGCCAGCAAACAAGCGCCCAAGCCGACGGGUCUCAGUGCCGCAGAGCAAACACUGCGUGAUGCUAUCGUCGAAAGAAAUAAACCACCUCCUACGCCAGAACGCACAAAACGACCUGAUUCGAGACAGCGUGUCCCCGGAACAGAUCAAUACAUUGGUGGAUCUCGCAAUGAACGCGGUCACGUCGGUCAUCGGCCAAGGCAGCGAACGACCACGACAGACGAGAAACCCGAUCAGGAUAUACCCCAAGGCAAAAGAAAUUGGAGGUGUCCCGUAUGCGCCACGCGCGUCUUCAAGACUCUUGAUGCGUGUCCAUCCUGCAAUGCGCCAAAACCGGCAUUUACGGCUGCACUGAAGGGUCCCCCGAAAACCAAGACCCGAAAGGACAAACAGUUCAAGAAUGAUUGGAGCUGCCCUGGGUGCAAAAAUAACGUAUUCUCGUGGAAGACAGAGUGCCCUGUCUGUGGUCACCAAAAACCGGAUGGAUUGCCGUGGCAGUCCAGGAACGAGAAGCCGGGAGCGAAUAAAUAUCGAGAAUUGGGCCGAUCGAUGCUGCCCGACAAUGAGCAAGUGAGCCACAGUGGUGACCGACGAGAUAACAGGAGAGCCGAGGAACUGGAAAAAGGAGAGAAGGAGAAGAAGAAAGCGGAAAAGGCAGAGAAAGAAAAGAAGACCGAGAAGCAGGAGGAUCUGAAGGAUCAAUGGACCUGGGAUAUGUCUGCUCUGGAGAAGAUGGAAGCUAUAGACACUCAGCCACAAGCCGAAACCCAGAAAAAGCCGAAGCGUCGUGACGAUCGCAAGGGACGUCAAACUGAGUCUGAGGACGCUGACUUCGAUGCCGAGGACCGCAACCGCCGUCGUGACGAGCGUAAGCGCAAGAAGAAGGAUAAGGUUUCGAGGAAAGUCGAAGCAGCACCUCCAGCACCCCUUUACCUCCCUGAGUUUAUCAGCGUCAGCAACCUGGCCGACGUUAUCGGAGUUCGGCCAGCGAUUUUCGUCUCGCGCAUGGAAGACAUGGGCUUCGAGGAUGUUCAUUAUGACCAUGUACUGGAUGCGGAGACCGCCGGUCUGGUGGCAGCCGAAUUUAACUACGAGGCCAUCUUUGAUGAGGGAACUGCAGACCUGACGGCGGCACCGGUGCCAGAGGAUGUAUCCAACUUGCCCACUCGUCCCCCAGUUGUUACCAUCAUGGGUCACGUUGAUCAUGGCAAAACCACCAUUUUGGAUUGGCUGCGCAAGUCAUCUGUGGCAGCUGGCGAGCACGGUGGCAUCACUCAGCACAUUGGUGCCUUCUCCGUGCCGAUGCCCUCGGGCAAGACGAUCACUUUCUUGGAUACUCCUGGUCACUCUGCUUUCUUGGAAAUGCGCCGUCGUGGCGCCGAUGUUACCGACAUUGUGGUUCUUGUGGUGGCAGCUGACGACAGUGUCAAGCCUCAGACCAUUGAAGCGAUCAAGCAUGCCACGCAAGCCAAUGUCCCUAUCAUUGUCGCCAUGAGUAAGAUCGACAAGGAGGGUUGUAACCCGGACAAGGUCAAGCAGGACCUCUCUGUUCAUGGUGUUCAUGUGGAAGACUACGGCGGUGAUGUGCAGGCCAUUGGCGUGAGCGGCAAGACCGGAGUCGGCAUGAUUGAACUGGAAGAGGCCAUUGGAGCGCUUUCAGAGAUGCUCGACCAUCGCGCGGAUACCGAGUGCAAUGCCGAAGGAUGGGUUCUCGAGGCCUCAACCAAGAGCUACGGUCGAGUUGCAUCAGCCCUUAUCCGCCGCGGUACGUUGCGACCGGGUGAUAUCAUCGUUGCUGGAACUACCUGGGCUCGUGUGCGUACAUUGCGUAACGAGGCUGGCCUGGCCAUCAGCGAAGCUACACCAGGCAUGCCAGUCGAGAUUGAUGGCUGGAGGGAUCAACCGGCUGCGGGCACCGAGAUUCUCCAGGCGCCUACCGAGCAAAGGGCCAAAGAAGCCGUGGAUUACCGUUUGGAGCGAUCUGAGACUGCGAAGAUGGGUGAGGAUAUGGCUGCCAUCAAUGAAGCGCGUCUCGAGAAGCGUAGACUAGAGAAGGCGGAUGAAGAGGCCGACGUCGCAGAACCGACCGGUCCUAAGCCUGUCAACUUUAUCAUCAAGGCCGAUGUCGACGGUUCUGCCGAGGCUGUGUUGAACUCAAUUGCCGCCAUUGGUACCAAUGAGGUUUAUGCCAAUGUUCUCCGUUCAAGUGUCGGUCCCGUCAGCGAGUUCGAUGUUGAGCAUGCGGCUAGUGCUGACGGUCUCGUUAUCUCGUUCAAUAUGCCUAUUGAUCCGAACAUCUCGCGCAUGGCCGAGUCGGAGGGCGUGAAGAUCAUGGACCACAACAUCAUCUACAAGCUCAUCGACGAAGUCAAGGCUGUUCUCAGUGAGCAGCUUCCGCCUACAAUUACUCAACGUGUGACUGGUGAAGCCGAAGUGCAGCAAAUCUUUGAGAUCACCGUCAAGGGGCGUGAAAAGACUGCUAUUGCCGGAUGUCGUGUUCGCAAUGGUAUGAUGAACAAGACUCGCAAGGUCAGAGUGAUCCGUGGCAACGAGACGAUCUACGAUGGCACAAUGUCUUCCCUCAAGAACGUCAAGAAGGACGUGACCGAAAUGCGCAAAGAUACCGAGUGCGGUAUCGCCUUCGAAAACUGGACCGACUUUGCAGUCGGCGACCACAUCCAGUGUUACGAAGAGAUCUCCGAGAAGCGCUUCCUAUGA